GCUAGAGAAAUUCAUUGAAUCCAUGGCUAUCCUUCCUUAUUGGCUUGUUCUUCCCAAUCUGCUUUUGUUCUUCUCCAGAUUUUCUUUUGCAGCUGAUACCCUCACCCAGUCCGAGUCUCUUCCUGACGGCCAGACCUUGGUUUCUGAAAAUGAAAUCUUUGAAUUGGGCUUCUUUAGCCCUGGUAGUUCCACAGACCGCUAUGUUGGAAUCUGGUACCACAAAAUCCCAGGUAGAACUGUUGUUUGGGUUGCCAACCGAGGCAGACCCAUCAAAAACAACUUUGGCAUGUUGAGAAUAAACACACACGGACAUCUUGUGCUUCUUGGCCAAAAUGAGACAGUUGUUUGGUCAGGAAAUUGCACCACAAGGGCCUCGAGUCCAAUUGUGCAGCUUUUAGGCUCUGGAAACUUGGUUCUAAGAGACGGGAAAGAUCAAAAGCCUCACAAGUACUUGUGGCAAAGCUUUGACUAUCCUUCUGAUUCAAUUUUGCCAGGAAUGAAGCUUGGGUGGGACCUUAGAACUGGUCUCAAUCGACGUUUUACAGCAUGGAAGAAUUGGGAUGACCCUUCCUUUGGAGGCCUCACAGUUGAACUUUUAUUACACAAUUAUCCUGAAGAGGUCGUCUGUCAGGGCACAACAGAGUAUAUGAGAAGCGGUCCCUGGAAUGGUGUUCGGUUCAGUGGCAUGUCUCAUGUGACGAACAAUCCAAGUUAUGAAGGAAAGUUUGUCUGGAAUAAAGAUGAGGUGUAUUCAGUUCUUAAUGUGAAAAAUGAGUCACUGAUUACAAGAGUUGUCUUGAACCAAACAUUAUACUUAGUACUGGACAUGAUAUGGAUUGAAGAAGAUCAAAGGUGGACUAUUUUCAGUUAUAUACCAAUUGAUAACUGCGAUAGAUAUAGCCGUUGUGGCCCGAAUGGAAACUGCGUUGAGGGCGAGGCACCAAUUUGUCAGUGCUUGACGGGCUUUUUUGCAAAAUCACCCAAGAAAUGGAAUGCAAUGGACUGGUCUGAAGGAUGUGUCCGCAAUAAAUCAUGGAGUUGCAAGGACAAAAACAGGGAUUAUUUUGUCAAAUUUAGUGGGCUCAAAUUGCCAGAUACUAAAUAUUCUUGGGUCAAUGCAAGUAUGACACUUGUGGAAUGCAAAGCCAAAUGCUGGGAAAAUUGUUCUUGUAAUGCUUAUGCUAAUUUAGAUGUCAGGGGAGGAGGAAGUGGUUGUGCCAUGUGGUUCGGUGAUUUAAUUGAUAUAAGGCAGAUGUGGUUCGGUGAUGUGAUUGAUAUAAGGCAGAAUUCCUUUGAUGACCAGGAUUUAUAUAUUCGCCUUGCUUCUCCAGAAACAGCUGAACAGGAUGAAGCUAAUGGAAAUAAGACAAUGGUGAUUACUGUACCGAUAACUACUGUAUUGGCUAUUAUGAUGCUUUUCACUUUGUUCUGCAUUUACAAGCGCAGAAGAAACUCUAUAGCAAACAAUGAAGAAGGAUCUGACGGAAAUAUGGAGUUAAAAACCUUGAUAGCAAUAAACAAUGAAGAAGGUUAUGAAGGAAAUACGGAGCAACGUAUCUAUGACCUUGCAGUAAUAGCUAAUGCUACUAAUAACUUCUCAUCAGACAACAAGCUUGGCCAAGGUGGUUUUGGUCCUGUAUACAAGGGUAUACUUGUAGACGGACAAGAGAUUGCGGUCAAACGGCUUUCACAAAGUUCUUGCCAAGGGCUGUGUGAAUUUAAGAAUGAAGUCAAAUUGUGUGCCAAACUUCAGCACCGUAAUCUUGUUAAGGUUCUUGGUUGUUGCAUUCAAAGAGAGGAGAAAAUGCUCAUAUAUGAAUAUAUGCCCAACAAGAGCUUAGAUUCAUUUAUUUUUGGUUCUGAAAGUAAACAUCUUGAUUGGUCUAAGCGUUUUCAUAUUAUCCACGGAAUUGCUCGAGGACUUAUGUAUCUUCAUCAAGAUUCUAGAUUAAAAAUCAUCCAUAGAGACCUCAAAGCAAGCAAUAUAUUAUUGGAUAGUGAAUUAAAUCCAAAAAUAUCAGAUUUUGGUUUGGCAAGAAUAUUUGGUGGAGAUCAAAUUGAAGAUAACACAAGACAAAUAGUUGGUACAUAUGGUUAUAUGGCUCCUGAGUACGCCAUUCGUGGGCAAUUCUCCGUCAAAUCUGAUGUGUUCAGUUUUGGAGUAUUAUUGUUAGAAAUAGUGAGCGGCAUGAAAAACAGGGGACCCAUUUUGCCUAGUCAAAGUAUUAAUCUUAUCGGACAUGCAUGGAGGUUGUGGAAGCAGGGAAUCCCACUAAACUUUGCCGAUGAAUGUUUGGGGAAGUCUUGCGUUAAAUUAGAAGUACUGCGAUGCAUCCACAUCGGUCUUCUUUGUUUGCAAUACCAUGCUGAUGAUAGGCCAGACAUGACAUCUGUGGUUAUAAUGUUGAGUAGUGAGGGUGUCUUGCCUGAGCCCAAAGAACCUGGUUUUCUCUUAGAACACAUUCCAGUUAGAGAAGAAUCUCCUCACAAUCAUACAGCUCUUUCAAAUAAUGAAGUGUCUAUCACUUUGUUAGAAGCCAGAUUUUCUUUUGCAAUUGAUACCCUCACCCAGUUUGAGUCUCUUCCUGAUGGCCAGACCUUGGUUUCUGAAAAUGAAAUCUUCGAAAUGGGUUUCUUCAGCCCUGGUAGUUCCACAGACCGCUAUGUUGGAAUCUGGUACCACAACAUCCCAGGUAGAACUGUUGUUUGGGUUGCCAACCGAGGCAGACCCAUCAAAAACAACUUUGGCAUGUUGAGAAUAAACACAGAGGGACAUCUUGUGCUUCUUGGCCAAAACGAGACAGUUGUUUGGUCAGGAAAUUCCACCACAAAGGCUUUUAGUCCAAUUGUGCAGCUUUUAGGCUCUGGAAACUUGGUUCUAAGAGAUGGGAAAGAUCAAAAGCCUCACAACUAUUUGUGGCAAAGCUUUGACUAUCCUUCUGAUUCAAUUUUGCCAGGAAUGAAGCUUGGAUGGGACCUCAGAACUGGCCUCAAUCGACGUUUUACAGCAUGGAAGAAUUGGGAUGACCCUUCCUUUGGAGGCCUUACAAAUGAACUUGUACUACACAAUUAUCCUGAAGAAGUAGUCAGGCAGGGCACAACAGAGUAUAUAAGGAGCGGUCCCUGGAAUGGUGUCCGGUUCAGUGGCAUUUCUCAUGCGACGACCAAUCCACUUCAUGAAGGAGAGUUUGUCUGGAAUAAAGAUGAGGUGUAUUCAGUUUAUAAUGUGAAAAAUGAGUCACUGAUUACAAGAUUUGUCUUGAACCAGACAUUAUACUCACUACUGGACAUGAUAUGGAUUGAAGAAGAUCAAAGGUGGAUCACUUUCAGUUAUAUACCGAUUGAUAACUGCGAUAGAUAUAGCCGUUGUGGCCCUAAUGGAAACUGCGUUGAGGGUGAGACACCAAUUUGUCAGUGCUUGACGGGCUUUUUUCCAAAAUCACCCAAGAGAUGGAAUGCAAUGGACUGGUCUGAAGGAUGCACCCGUAAUGAAUCAUGGAGUUGCAAGGAAAAAAACAGGGAUUAUUUUGUCAAAUUUAGUGGGCUCAAAUUGCCAGAUACUAAAUAUUCUUGGGUCAAUGCAAGUAUGACACUUGUGGAAUGCAAAGCCAAAUGCUGGGAAAAUUGUUCUUGUACUGCUUAUGCUAAUUUAGAUGUCAGGGGAGGAGGAAGUGGUUGUGCUAUGUGGUUCAGUGAUUUAAUUGAUAUAAGGCAGAUUCCCUUUGAUGACCAGGAUUUAUAUAUUCGCCUUGCUUCUCCAGAAACAGCUGAACAGGAUGGAGCUAAUGGAAAUAAAACAAUGGUGAUUACUGCACCGGUGACCACUGUAUUGGCUAUUAUGAUGCUUUUCACUUUGUUCUGCUUUUACAAGCGUAGAAGAAACUCUAUGGUUGCGUUUGAAACCUUGCUAACAGCGAACAAUGAAGAAGGAUCUAACGGAAACAUGGAGCUAAAAACCUUGAUAGCAAUAAACAAUGAAGAAGGUUAUGAAGGAAAUACGGAGCAACGUAUCUAUGACCUUGCGGUAAUAGCUAAUGCUACUAAUAACUUCUCAUCAGACAACAAGCUUGGCCAAGGUGGUUUUGGUCCUGUAUACAAGGGUAUACUUGUGGACGGACGAGAAAUUGCGGUGAAACGGCUUUCACAAAGUUCUUGCCAAGGGCUGCAAGAAUUUAAGAAUGAAGUCAAAUUGUGUGCCAAACUUCAGCACCGUAAUCUUGUUAAGGUUCUUGGUUGUUGCAUUCAAGGAGAGGAGAAAAUGCUCAUAUAUGAAUACAUGCCCAACAAGAGCUUAGAUUCAUUUAUUUUUGGUUCUAAAAGAAAACUUCUUGAUUGGUCCAAGCGCUUUCACAUUAUCCACGGAAUUGCUCGGGGGCUUAUGUAUCUUCAUCAGGAUUCUAGAUUAAAAAUCAUCCAUAGAGACCUCAAAGCUAGCAAUGUAUUACUGGAUAGUGAAUUAAAUCCAAAAAUAUCAGAUUUUGGUUUGGCAAGAAUAUUUGGAGGAGAUCAAAUUGAAGAUAACACAAGACAAAUAGUUGGUACAUAUGGUUACAUGGCUCCUGAAUACGCAAUUCGUGGGCUAUUCUCCGUCAAAUCUGAUGUGUUCAGCUUUGGAGUAUUAUUAUUAGAAAUAGUGAGUGGCAUGAAAAACAGGGAGCCUUUUUUGCCAAGCCAAAGCGUUAAUCUUAUUGGACAUGCAUGGAGGUUGUGGAAUGAGGGAAUCCCACUUGAAUUCUCCGAUAAGCAUUUGGGGGAAUCUUGCGUUGAAUCAGAAGUAUUACGAUGCAUCCAUGUCGGUCUUCUUUGUGUGCAAUACCAUGCUAAUGAUAGGCCAAACAUGACAUCUGUUGUCAUAAUGUUGAGUAGUGAAGGUGUUUUGCCUGAACCUAAAGAACCUGGUUUACUUUUAGAAAAUAUCCCAAUUAAGAGAGAAUCUCCUAAUAGUCAUACAAAUCCUUCAAGUAAUAAAGUAUCUAUCACCUUGUUAGAAGCCAGGUAAGGUCAAUUUUACUUUGAUUUUGGACCGCUAAUGAGAGUACUCUUAAGGAAAAGACUGUAUUUGCAAUAGUGAAAGAUAUUGUUGAUUCUAAAUA